CUGAGACAUUUACAUGGUAUCAUAGCCCAAAUAACUCAAACGAGUUCUGUGUUUUUCUUUUCCCCUGUCUCUCCUCUUCUCUUCCUCUCAUUAUUCUUCCAGUUGUUCCACUAUGUCGACCAUUUCCAGUUCUUCCUCUUCUUUAGCUGCUUCCUCCUCUUCCUCCUUUCCCAUCUCUUUACCCUCCAAUCCCCAAUUGACUGUCAAAUUGACACCAACAAAUUACUUCUUAUGGCGGGCACAGCUUUAACCCCUUCUUCGCUGUUAUAAUCUUGUUGGCCACAUCGAUGGUACCCUUCCUGUGCCGCCAGAGCAAGUUGCUGAUCAGCCCAAUCCUACCUUUCGCGAGUGGUAUGGGCACGAUCAGUUGGUUCUCAUCUGGAUUAAUCUGUCUCUGACCGAGGCCGUCAUGCCGCAUAUCGUCAAUAAGCACACCGCGAAUGAGGCCUGGGACACAUUGGCCGUUAUUUAUGCUUCCGGGUCGCCGGUCAUCGUCGGCCAACUUCGCUGGGAUCUCCACCAUCUCCGCCGUGGGACGGAUUCAGCCCACGAUUAUCUUCAACGUGCCAAGACAAUUUUUGAUAAAAUGGUCACUCUGGGUGAUCCGAUUAAAGAGGCGGAGCUGGUGACCUCUGUGAUUGAUGGCCUGAACGAAGAUUAUCGACCUUUCACGCGGAAUUUGGAGGCCAGGCUCGAGCCUGUGUCGUUUGCUGAUCUCAGCAGCCUUCUGUUGAGUGAAGAGUUGCAGCUCCGCCGAUUUCAAUCUGCUGCUGGUGGUGGCGUCACUCCGCAAGCCUUCUUCUCCGGCAAAGGACGCGAUGGUGGUCGUUCUCUUUGCGGCAGAGGGGCACGUUUUGGUGGUCGCCCUUAUUACUCCCCGGGUCGUUCUUCUAAUCAAUUUUAUGCAGGUCCAAGGCCCAUCCAAGGAGGUUUCCGGCCCGCUUCCUCUGGGGUUCUAGGAGCUGGGCCUCUAGGCCCGACCACUACAAUCUGUCAUAAUUGUGGAGGCAGGGGGCAUAUAAAGCCCAAUUGUCCUAACCCGUUUUACCAGUCCCAGCCCAUUUACCCCUCUGGUCAUGCAUCUCGCUUAGCCCAGUCCUCCCACCCAGUCCUCCCACCCAGUCCACCAGUCCCAACAAUGGUUUUUUGACUCAGGCGCUAAUCAACAUCUUACUUCUGAUCUUGACAACCUGAUUCAUCAUUCUGAGUAUACUGGCACCGAUCAAGUCACUUUUGGCAACGGUAAACGACUUCCCAUUUCUCAUUCUGGUUCUUCUCAUGCCACGCUUUCCAAUAAUUCUUAUGUUCUCAACAAUAUUCUUCGUGUUCAAAAUGCUCCUCAUAAUCUUCUUUUCGUGAGUUCUUUAACUCGUUCUAACCCAUUUCUAUUGAGUUCUUUGACUCCUAUUUUGUCAUCAAGGACAGCCACACGAAGGCUGAGCUCUAUCGAGGAUCUGCGACUGAUGGCCUCUAUUCUCUGCCUCUUCAUAUUCAAAGUCGCGCAGUUCCUCGUGCUUUCACUGCCUCCCUUGAACUGUGGUAUCAACGGCUGGGUCAUGCCAAUCUUCGUGCUGUUAAACAACUUUUGUCUACUCAUUCAAUAAAUUACCAUGAUAGUUCUGUUUCUCUAUGCCAUGGUUGUUCUGUUAGUAAAAUUCAUGAACUUCCUUUUCUCUCUUCUCACUAUCGUGCCUCUGCUCCACUGGAACUUAUUUGUAGUGAUCUUUGGGGCCCUGCGCCUCUUCUCUCUCAUGAUCAUCAAUCAUAUUAUAUUUUGCUCUAUGACUUUAGUAAGUUCAGUUGGGUGUAUUUUGUGCGCUAUAAAUCUCAAUUUCUCAGUGUUUUUAUUCAAUUUCGUCAAAUGGUAGAAAAAUUCUUUGGUCUUCCCAUUAAAAAUUUUCAAUCUGAUUGGGGUGGUGAAUAUCAAGCAUUGACUUCUUAUCUUUCCAAUAAUGGAAUAAUUCAUCG